AUGGUCUUCCUCACCACCGUACUUUGGCUGCGGAACCCUGUCAUCUUCUGCUACUUUCGGAUCCAGGAGGUGCUGAAGCAUGCACAGCACUUUCGGAGGAGGAAGAACCGCUGCUACCUGAUGGCCAUCAGGGCUGUCACCAGGACCUUCAUGAUGUGUACUGGGACUCGCAAGCUGAAGAAGCUGAACCCGAGGACCUUAAGCGCCGCCCGCCCUUCCCAUCCUGGCGCCCCGGUCCUGACCCACGUGCAGCGCGUUGCUCCUGGCUGUCUGUUGGUAGAGGAAGCUUUCCGGGUCUUUGUUGAGACCUGCAACUCUGUGCCAGUGGCGUUUUCUGAGCAUUAG